AUGCAUAUAGGCUCCGUUGCGCUGUCCCUGAGUGGCAUUGCGGCUACGGUCGCGGCCAGUGCAAGCCCGUCUACUAGCGCGGGCUGCUCGGCACUGAAAAAGCCCCUUGGAGACUCGCUGUUUUUCAGCCGCAGCGCUGUUUACCAAUACGAGACCAAGAACUUCUGGUCCAACACCGAACUCUUGUCUCCAGGAUGCGUGUUUCGCCCACAGUCAAGCAGCCAAUUAGCCAAGGGCCUGGACGCCCUUGUUAGUGCCAAUGCUGAGUUCGCCGUUCGUGGUGGCGGCCACAUGGGCAUCCGAGGAUCAAACAAUAUCAAUGAUGGUGUUCUUAUUGUGAUGUCCAACCUGACCACCUUGGAAUUGAACCAGGACAAGUCCAUAAUAUCAGUUGGACCAGGUUAUCGCUGGUCCGACGUCUAUUCAUACUUGGCUCAGUACGACUUAACUGCCGCAGGUGGUCGCCUUGGCCCGGUUGGUGUGCCCGGCUUGCUUCUUGCGGGGGGCGUCAACUUCUACGGCAACCAGGUCGGUUUUGCCUGCAAUACUGUGGUCAAUUAUGAAGUGGUUCUUGCAAAUGGCUCGAUCAUCGAGGUCAACAAGAACUCACACCCGGAUUUGUUCUGGGCUCUGAAGGGAGGUAGCAGCAACUUUGGCAUCGUCACCCGGUUCGAUAUGGAGACCAUCAAGUCACCCAAAGUCUGGGCUGGUUCUUACACCGUCUCGGCCCAGUACAUCGAUCAAUUUCUUGCAGCCGCAGCCAAAUACGCGUCGGAUAUCUACGACCCGAAGACUCACAUUGUGCCCGCCCUGGUCCCUGGAAACCCUACUCUGGCCUCGGUCAUUCUUUUUUAUGAUAGCGACAACACCAGCUAUCCCGGGAUUUUCAAGCCUUUCACCGAUAUUCCUGCUAUCAGCAGCACAUUAGACUUUAAGACUGUUUCGGAAUUCGCCGCCGAGACGGGCGAGAUGGUUGUGAAGGGUAUCAAUGAUGUUUUUGUCGCCGGGACUGUCAAGGGAACUACCUACGAUGAGCUCCACCAGGGCAUCAGUCUCAUCAACACUACCUUCUUCAGCCAGCUGCCGAAGCUGUACAGACAGAUACCCGCAGCUAACAUCUCCACUAUUCAAUUGGACUGGCAGCCGAUCGGCGCCGAUUGGAUAAAAGCCUCUGAGGCUCGCGGCGGGAAUGCCCUGGGGCUGGACUCCUCCAAGGUGUACCUGUGCUACGCAGAAGUGGUCGAGUGGAUCGGAUCGGCAUAUGAUGAUAUUGUCGCUACGUGGGUGGAAGAGACCACCUACAUGAUUAACAACGCUACUCAGAAGGCUGGCCUUUACGAUUCAUUCAACUAUAUGGGCGAUGCAGCUGGAUUCCAGUCGAUUUUCCCGGGCUAUGGUGAGACGAACCACCAACAGCUGAUUAAGACCGCGCAGAAGUACGACCCGCAUGCUGUCUUCCAGAAAUUGAUGCCUGGUGGAUUCAAGGUUUAUUGA